UAUGCCAUCCUGGCUGCCUUGACCUCAAAUUUUUCCUUUCUGUCAGACAUCUUCAAACACAUUCGUUGCUUACGAUUUCCAGAGACUUUCUUUCUGCACAUUUACGUCCGAAGAUACAAAAUGUCUUCAUCCAAACAGAACAUACUGAUAAUCGGUUCCGGCUGGGCCGGUUCCACCCUCGCUACGUCGCUGGACGAAAAUAAAUUCUCAAUCACAGUCGUAUCACCAGAGUCCACGACGCCAUAUACGCCGUUGCUGGCUAGUGCUGCUUGUGGGCUUUAUGAUUACAGUCUGGUCGAGACACCGAUUCGGCACACGGGGAAGAGGAUGAAGUAUAUUAAAGCACGGGUUUUGGAUAUUGAUUUCAAGGGCAAGAAUGUGAAAUGCCAGUCUGUGUUUGAGGAUGCUCCUACAAAUGAGUUUGUGAUUGAUUAUGACAUCGUUGUUGUUGCUCCUGGAUGCGUAAACCAAACCUUCAACACCCCAGGCGUAGCCGAAAACGCCCUCUUCCUCCGAAACGUCAAAGACGCCAUGAAAGUCUCGUCCCAGGUCCAGAACUGCUUCGAGAAGGCCUCCAUCCCCGGCCUCACAGAGCAGCAACAACGUUCGCUGCUGCACUUCGUCGUCGUGGGCGCUGGUCCCACUGGCGUUGAAGUUUCCUCCGAACUCUCUGAUCUCUUUGCUGAUACUUACUCAAAACUGUAUCCUCACCUAAACGGAAAAGUAUCAAUCACCAUCCACGACAUUGCCGAGAACGUGCUCUCAGGAUUCGACUCUAAACUACAGGAAUACGCCAUGUCAAGCUUUGAUAAACGGAACGUAGAGGUUUUAACCGGGUCUCACAUCGAGAAGGUAGAGAAAGCUUGCCUGUUCACGAAAGAGAAAGGACGUAUCGAGUGCGGAGUCGUGAUCUGGGCUACUGGCAACAAAUGCUCGCCCCUCGUCGAAACCCUCCCCGUCAAGAAAACCCCCAGAAAUCCACGCAUCCUCACAGAUGACUUCCUCCGGAUCUACACCCCCUCCUCCACCCUCAUCGACUCCGCCUACGCCCUCGGGGACGCAGCAGACGUCGAAGACGCCCGACUGCCCACCACGGCCGAAGUCGCUUGUCAAAAAGCGUCAUACCUAGCAAAGAGCUUGAACAGAGGCUUCGAGAAGCCGUUUCGCUAUGAGCAGGCGGCGUUAGUGGCGUACCUGGGGCAGAAUGAUGGGGUGAUUAGUGGGAAGAAGGAUUAUUCGGGGGCGCAAGCUUGGAUUGCGUGGCGGAGUAAGAAUUUUCUGUGGACGCGGACGUGGAGGCAGAAGGUUUUGAUUGUAGUGGGUUGGUUAUUGGAUUUAGUGACUGGGAGGGCGAUUGCGCCAAGGUGAGGAGAGGGUGGAAUUUGUGAGGAAGGUUUAUUGGAUGGUGAUAACAGUUCCCCUCAAAUUAAUAAUCUUCCCUCUAUCCUUACUUCCCCUUAAGCGAAGCUCGUCGACUCCCUAGACCGUCCAGAUCUCUCUACUGUAAACCUAGCGAAC